AUGUAUGCUUAUUGGUUCGGUCGGUCGGUCCGAUGACAAUUGACACAGCCCGACUGGCCGAGGCCAGGCACGAUCAUUGAUCACUGAUGAUUGAUUAGUGUCCAAAUUCCAAUGUCCACCACCCGGGCGUCGGGCGCCUCAAAUUUUCUCGUGAUUUUAUUGGAUGGAUGAGCUCCUCAACUCUCCUUCCCGCAGAUGAAUAUUGCUCCUCACCAAUUUUGACCAUCACUCACUCACCUUUGCACGAUAUAACAACUAACAGAUUGAAGGAAAUCUAAAACCCAGAGAAUAUAUUCUUCCUUUUCUUUACAGGAAAUGAGUUCAUCCAAAACAUUAAGGAAAUUGCAGGUCGUUUCACCCGUUCCUGCGGAUAUCGAUAUAGCUAAUUCAGUUGAACCCUUUCACAUCUCAGAGAUUGCGAAAGAGCUAAAUCUCAGUAGCAACCACUACGAUCUCUACGGAAAAUACAAGGCCAAGGUCCUUUUAUCUGUUCUUGAUGAGCUUCAAGGAUCUGGGGAUGGGUACUAUGUUGUGGUUGGAGGGAUCACUCCUACCCCUCUCGGAGAAGGCAAGUCUACUACUACAGUUGGUCUAUGCCAAGCAUUGGGAGCUUUUCUCGAUAAAAAGGUUGUGACCUGCCUUCGUCAACCAUCUCAAGGACCAACAUUUGGGAUCAAAGGGGGUGCCGCAGGUGGUGGUUACAGUCAAGUGAUCCCAAUGGAUGAGUUCAAUCUGCACUUAACAGGAGAUAUCCAUGCAAUUACUGCAGCAAAUAACCUUCUGGCGGCUGCCAUUGAUACUCGGAUUUUCCAUGAGGCAACUCAAUCAGAUAAGGGCCUUUUAAACAGAUUAUGCCCACCUAAUAAAGAAGGAAAAAGGAGCUUUGCAAAUAUAAUGUUUAGGCGCCUCAAGAUGCUUGGUAUCUCAAAGAAUAACCCUGAUGAUCUUACACCUGAGGAAGUGAAGAAAUUUGUGAGACUUGAUAUCAAUCCUGACUCCAUUACCUGGAGAAGAGUUAUGGAUGUAAAUGACCGUUUCCUUAGAAAGAUUACCAUUGGGCAAGGUCCUGAAGAAAAAGGAAUGGUGAGAGAGACAGGCUUUGAUAUCUCAGUUGCUAGUGAGAUCAUGGCAGUGCUGGCCCUCACAACAUCCUUGUCUGAUAUGAGAGAGAGACUAGGAAAGAUGGUGAUAGGGAACAGCAAGGCUGGUGACCCAAUAAUAGCAGAUGAUCUUGGUGUUGGAGGUGCCUUGACCGUGUUAAUGAAAGAUGCCAUCGACCCUACUUUAAUGCAGACCCUUGAGGGGACUCCAGUUCUUGUACAUGCAGGACCUUUUGCCAAUAUUGCUCAUGGGAAUUCUUCCAUCGUAGCUGAUAAGAUUGCACUAAAACUGGUAGGACCUGGUGGAUUUGUAGUCACAGAGGCAGGUUUUGGUGCAGAUAUUGGCACGGAAAAGUUUAUGAACAUAAAAUGCCGAUACAGCGGUUUAACACCUCAGUGUGCUGUUAUCGUUGCAACAAUAAGGGCCCUGAAAAUGCAUGGUGGAGGACCUGAAGUGGUCGCUGGGAAGCCUCUAGACCAUGCAUAUUUAUCCGAGAAUGUGACUCUUGUUGAAGCUGGCUGUGUGAAUCUGGCCAGGCAUAUCUCCAACACAAAGGCUUAUGGGGUCAAUGUUGUGGUUGCUGUGAACAUGUUCUCAACUGAUACCGAGGCAGAGCUGAAUGCGGUGAGAAAUGCAGCAUUAACUGCUGGUGCAUUUGAUGCUGUUGUUUGCACUCAUCAUGCCCAUGGUGGAAAGGGAGCGGUUGACCUUGGCAUUGCUGUUCAAAGAGCAUGUGAGAAUGUGACACAACCAUUGAGGUUUCUAUACCCAUUGGAUAUAAGCAUCAAAGAUAAAAUAGACGCAAUAGCAAGGUCUUAUGGUGCCAGUGGUGUCGAAUUGUUAGACAGUUUUGCCGAGAAACAAAUAGAGAUGUACACCAGGCAGGGUUUUUCUUCUCUUCCUAUUUGCAUGGCAAAAACCCAGUAUUCCUUCUCACAUAUACCAUCUGAGAAGGGAGCCCCUGUUGGGUUUGUGUUACCAGUCAGGGAUGUCAGGGCCAGCAUUGGAGCCGGAUUUAUCUAUCCCCUAGUUGGGACCAUGAGUACGAUGCCCGGGCUUCCCACUCGGCCUUGCUUUUUUGAGAUUGAUGUGGACACUACAACUGGAAGAGUUCUUGGUCUUUCAUAAAUAGAGAGAGAGAGAGGUUCUUUUCUCAUACUGUUGCAUUUGUAGUCUGAUCUGGCCCGAAAUGGAGAUAUUCUUGUCAAAUGGCACUUGUAUUA